CAGAAAAUCGAAAAUCAGAAAAAGGUCGCCAAACAACAAUGGAACAUUUUCUUACAAUGAAAUGAAAUAUAAUGAAAUUUAAUCAUUCAAAAGUGAAUUCACACGGAGAAUAUGGCGACUGAAGUCCGCUGUAAUGGCGAAAAACCGAAAUCAAGAGAUGGAAAAAGACAAAUAAGUAAGGUUAAAAAACUAAAGAAGAGAUUAUCAGCAAGUUUUGGAAGAUUAUCUAUAUCCAAAGAAGACACCAUUCAUGAGAGUGAUCUAGAGUCCGAAAAUACAAAGAAUGGAGACAGCGCCUCCUACAAUACAGUGCCACCUAACCUUGCCCUUAGCCGAUGUGGUUUGAAAGACGAUUACGGCUUAAUAAAUAACACUUUAAAUCCUGCCAAUUGUCAUGAGGGUGGAUAUCACACACUUGGACGGCCGUCAUCAAACUCAAUCAAAACCAGUGCAAUAAACACUCAUGCACCAGUAAAGCGGCACCACUCAGCUGGUGAUAUGUUAGAUCAACUGGAUCAGGAAGAAGGAGAUAAAAAUCAAAGGCCAAGGUCAGAAGGUCAUCGAUACAUGAAACAGUUCUCACCAAAACGAACCUCUAGUUAUGGGGGACAGUUCGGCAGACAGGAUUCCUACCAGAAACUUGAACAGUUAGGAGAGGGAUCUUAUGCCACUGUAUAUAAAGGUUUUAGCAAUUUGACGAAUCAGAUAGUUGCAUUGAAAGAAAUCCGACUUCAACAGGAAGAAGGAGCUCCAUUUACUGCAAUAAGAGAAGCUUCAUUGUUACGAGGACUUAAACAUGCCAAUAUAGUUACACUUCAUGAUAUAAUUCACACAAAAGAAACAUUAACAUUCGUCUUUGAAUAUGUGCAUACAGACCUAAGUCAGUAUUUAGAGAGGCAUCCAGGAGGUUUAAAUGCUUUUAAUGUAAAGAUAUUUUUAUUCCAAUUACUGAGAGGACUACGAUAUUGUCAUACAAGGAAAAUAUUACACAGGGAUCUGAAGCCCCAAAAUUUGUUAAUAAGUGAACAGGGUGAUCUCAAGUUAGCUGAUUUUGGUUUAGCCAGGGCUAAAUCUAUUCCUAGUCACACCUACUCCAAUGAAGUAGUCACUUUAUGGUACCGGCCUCCUGAUGUGUUACUGGGGUCCACAAAUUAUUCAGUGUCUUUAGAUAUGUGGGGUGUAGGUUGUAUAUUCACAGAAAUGAUUGCUGGUGCUCCGACAUUUCCUGGUAUGAAGGACUCCUAUGAUCAGUUAGAUAAAAUAUUUAGGGUGCUGGGAACCCCCACAGACAACACAUGGAAGGAUGUCUCUAAAUUACCUCAGUACGAUAGGAAAAAGUUUGUUAUGUAUGAGAGAGUGUCUUCAUUGUCAUUAGCAAUUCCAAAACUGUCUUUCAUUCCUAAUGCUGAAGAUCUUGCUAGUCAAUUUCUGCAGAUGUGUCCACAGAAAAGGAUAUCAGCUCAAUCAGCGAUGAGACAUGAAUACUUUAAUGAUCUUCCUCCAAAAAUUCACGAGAUUCCUGAUGGUAAAAGAAUAAAUAUGAAUUUGCAUCUUCAGUGUUCAACAUUCCUGGAUUAAAGUUGCUUCCUGAAAUGGACGAACUUUUAUUAAAAACGUCGUCUCCUGCAAGACCCCGUCCUAGAAUACGGACAACUGUUAGAGUAUAGUCUUUAAUGGUAGCAUUGUUAUUUUGUGUGUUAAAUUCAUAGAAGGAAUUUUUACAAUAAUAGUUCUAUAUGAUUACAGUAGGCCAGGCUAGAAAUUCUUUUUUGCAAGACAGGAAUGAAAUAACUACAGGUUUUUUCAAGAAUGCUUUUACAGAUUUCCAAAGGCUUGACCCCCUUUACACCGUAGCAAGGAAGAAAAUACAGUUUUCAUAUACAAAUUUUAGAUGGCCUUUUUUGUUAACGGAUAGUGCACCAAAUUAGAAGACCCGAAUUACUUCGAUGAAAAAGAUUUGGACAUACUUUAGAUCUUCAAGUCUGGUAUAAUCUGUAUUGGUUGGUUUUUAACCUAUAAGCCAGUGAUAGGCAUAGGAUUUUGGGCUUUAAUCGUACAUUUUAUUUCUGCAGAUUUUUGCAGAUAUUUUUCGUAUAGCAUUAAGAUACUGUAAUUAAAUUUAAAUUUAAAAAUACCACUUAAGGAUGUACUUAGGUGAAAUUAAAAAAAUCUAGAAUUUAAAAUUGAUGCUAUAAGUCAAAAGCGCAUUAGUUAAGGAACAAAAUAAGCUAAAAAUAUUGAUAGGUUAUGGAGCUCCAUUUCGAGAUAUUUAAUUUUUUUAAAAUGGCGUAAAAAGGCUGACUCGGACUUUUACCUUUUAUUUGCAUUGGUAUUAUUUGGGUCUCAAAUCUAAAGAAAAGAAAUCUAGAAUUUGCUUAAAUUUAGGUAAAUGACAUUUUAUGAGCUAUUGAAGUCUUAUAUGAAAAGAAAAAUGGGUGUUAUGGGGCAAAAUAUUUUACCAUGUAUCGAUGGAAAAAAACCAAGGAGUACGAACAUCUGACACAAAUUCCUAAACCUGACCUAAGUACAUCCUUAACUGACAAAUUUACCUCUAAGUUUAUAUGGUUGUAAUUUUCAUUUUGUUUGUAUUUGGAAAAAAGUUUGGUGAAAAAUUUUGAAAACAAAAAGAAGAUAUGCUAGAUACAAUUUUUUGGCAGAUAUAGACGGGGGCAGGAUCUCCUCACAGAACUAUCUGCAAUAAAAUUUGGAUGAUAAAAAAAUAUUUCUUUAAGAAAUAUAUGAAGACAUUUAAGGAGUUAGACCAAAAAUUCUGAAUUGUCCACUAUUUAUUCUGAGAAGGAAUGUCUCCAAUUUAUAGUAAGUAAAUAACAUAUAUUGUCAAUUUCCUACAUUAUUUAAAAAUCAAAUAUAGAAUGUUCCACCGAACAUAAAAAUCAUAUAACAUUUUUUGGUCAUAUUUGUUAAAAAUAAUUGUUAUCAUAUUGAAUAUUAGAAAUGCAAUUUGCCACUGUAACAUAAAUCAAUCCUUACUUUUCCAUGUAAAUAAAACAUAAAAAUUGUCAAGAGCUACAUACAAGUUGUCACUUAAAUUUACAUUUGGAAGAUCAUUUUCUUUUGUAUUUUCAAUAAUAAACACCUUGCAAAACUUUCUGAAUCUACAGUACAUUUCUUAAAAAGCAAUGAUUUAAACGUUAUUUUCCAGUUUACUGCAGUAAAAUUAUUAGAUUUCUACCCUUAUGGAUACUUUGGAAUAAGUUUGAUAUGCUUAUUGAUUCUCUAAAGGUUGGGUAAUUCUAACCAGAACAAAUUGAAAGUUAUUUUUUUUCCAAAAAAAGCCUUUUUAUUUUCAAGGAAAGAAUCCAUCAAAAUAUCUAAAUUUCCACCCUUUACCCCUAGCCGGUCCAAUGAUGUUAUGAAAAAAUGUCUCAAGACAGAUUUUUUUUCUGUUUUAAUUCUAAAAAAUAUGAUGAAAGUGGUUAUUCCCUCCCUUUAUUUAAAACCUUUAUGAUUUAAAAGUGCAAUAGAUGUGUAGGUUGCUAAUUGUUAUUCUGAAUUGAUUUCUUUUUGAAAUAUAUAUUUUUUUGUUUUUCUGAGGAAAUGUAGUGACAAAGUUUUAAAACGUUCAUUUUUUUUUCUAGUCAGAAGCAAAAAAAUCAGAAAGUGUUAUUCUAAUGUAUGCUCAUACUUUUUCAUUUCAUAAGCAACAUUGUAAAUUUUAAACUUGUAUGAAAACCUUUUUUUUAUGAAUUAAGUACUUAAAGUUGAUUGUAUUUAAGUUUGAUGAAUGAAUCCACACAAACCAAUGACAUUUUCCACACACCAAUGACAUUUUUCACACAAACCAAUGACAUUUUCCACACAAUAGAUUAUAACAUUAUUCACACAAACCAAUGACAUUUUCCACAAGUUUCUAAAUUUAGAUUUGUGAAAUUUGAAUCAAAGUCAUUGGUAGUAUCAUUUUUUUUAAUUGAAAUAUUAAACAGGCCAAAAUGACUAAGGGUUAUUCCAGAAAAAAGUGUAGGGGUGGGGGGGGGGGGGGGUGUUGGAAGGCACUUUACAUUAUUUAUACAUGGGUGAUGGGUAUCAGAGCAACUUUUCACAUGUAUAAUGCACUAUGAUUCUCAAUUACAAUUUUCUGGGUUGCGGGUGCUGAAACAAAAUGCCUUACACCCCCCCCCCCCCCCCCCUACAUUUUUUUCUGGAAUAGCCAUAUAAGCAAUGUCUUUCUCUUUCUUUUAGCAUAAUUAGGAAGUUUUGCUCACAGAGGUGGUUGUCAUAGUAACUAUUUUGUACAUUUAUUUCUAUAUACAAUGUGAUAUAUAUGUGUUGUGUUAUGGUUAAGUUGACAGAUUAAAAUCUGUUCAUUGUUUGUUCACAUGUUUUUUAUUUUGUCCUUUCAAUAUCUUCAAAAGUUACUUCCCUUGCAAGGA